AUGAUAAAGUUAAGAUCGAAGAGGUUUUCAAGGAAGGUUAAAAGUAAUAGUACUAUUAACAAUAAUGGUGGUGAAAUCAAAUGGGAAUUACGUCCAGGAGGUAUGUUAGUUCAAAAAAGAGAAUGUGAGAAUAAUAUUAGUAAUUCAAAUGGAGAAGCAAUCAUCACACUUAGAGUCUCAACUGUUUCUAAUUGCCAUGACAUUUCUAUCCAACCCACUUCUACUUUUGGUGAAUUGAAGAUGAUGUUGUCAAUUGUAACUGGUUUGGAACCAAAAGAGCAGAGGCUGUUAUUUAGAGGGAAAGAAAGGGAAGAUUAUGAACACUUGCAUAUGGUUGGGGUGAGAGACAAAGACAAACUUCUGCUCUUCUUAUCGAACCACUAG